ACUCUUCCAUAUGUACAGUUCAUCACCUGGUCAAUUGGCACUUAGACUUGCCAGGUAAUGCCAAUGGUUAAUUAUUCAUUUCACUUAAUGUGACUAUGGACCUGAUGUCUAUUUUUUAAAACUUCAUUUCUAACUACUUGAAGUGAAGCAUAGACAGUUCAUAUUCCCACAAGCAUCUAGUUGACUUGGAAAUAAAAUAUAAGAAUUUUGUUGAUAUUUUAUCUUUCAGUUUGAGAUUUUCAAAAAAAAAAUAUUGAGAAAUGAAAAUGAAAGGGAUAAUCAUUUAGAUUGUGUUCAUUAUAAAGAAAACAAAAUAGCACCUUCAUCAAAUAUUUUGUUUUAUAGAACAGUUAAAAAUUAGAACUUGUUUUAAAUAGUUGACCUCUUUAAUACAGGGCCCUUAACAGCAGUAGCGUUCAUGACGCAACUGUGACGCGUGACCUUGUGCUGAUGAUCAUCAUGCCAAUAUUAGCAGUGACUAUUCCAGUUACAAUCCUUGUACUCUGGCUACUCCGCCAUUUCAUGAGGUCCCAUUCCCAUUACAGGGGUCAAGAUCAUUAUGGAAAGUGAGUGUCAUGAGAAUGUUCUUGUUGGUAAAAAGGCAUAGAUAUCAUGGUUUUGCUUAAAUCUAAACAAUGAUUAAAGUUAAGUUUUUUCAAGUACAAUGUAUAACCAAAGAAAGAUUUCUGCAACAUUUCAGUUUCCUGGUUGAGUAGGAAUUUUAAAGUAGGUGAUGAGUGAGUAAUGGCUUGUGUGGGAAUGUUUAUAGUCAGAAGCCUACAUAGACAUACGAUAAAAAAAGAAAUUACAGUGCCAAAAAUAAUUUGAUGUCUUUUAAAUUAUUUUAAUUUCUUGUUUUUUUUUCUUUCUUUAGUAGGAAACCUGAUGAUGUUGAUGUGGAAGACAACAUGAUCAUGAUACAAACGCCCAACAACGGGGAAGAAAGUGAUGGCGAGAGUCAGACGGAGAGGAAGGAAGCGAUUGAUGACGAGGAGAAUGAUGACGAGAACGAGAACAACAACGAGGAUCACAAUCCUCACGCAGACGGUGAGGAGCGGGAGGAGCAGGAUGAGGAGAGGGACGGGGAGG